AUGGAAAGUAUAGUAAAUGGUGUUCCACUUAUAGCAUGGCCAUUAUACGCUGAGCAAAAGAUGAAUGCGAUUUUGUUGACGGAAGAUAUCCAUGUGGCGCUUAGAGCCCAUGCAGGGGUUGAUGGGCUGGUGAUGAAAGAAGAGGUGGCUAGAGUGGUGAAAGGAUUAAUGGAAGGUGAAGAAGUUAAAGGCAUGAUAGAAGGUGACGAAGGUAAAAGAGUGAGGAAUAAAAUGAAAAAAAUUAAGGAAGGAGCUUGUAGGGUGAUGAAGGAUGGUGGGUCAUUUACAAAGGCUCUUAGUCAGUUAGUCUUGUAA